AAAUACCGCGCAAAAUAUGACGUUUGUCACGUAAUUAUAUUGUUCAAUCGUGAAUCAUUCAACUAAUUAAAACACAGCACAACCUGUAGCCUAACAAUGCUACUUAUGAUUUGUGUAAUUUUUGCAUUCUUUGCGCCACAUUACCGAUGCCUUUCAACUCUUGUGCGGCAUGAAACCGCUCAAACUAGAGCACAAGAGGUUCUGCCUCGAGUCACCUGUACCGUCCGACGAAUACGCGCAGUUUUCGGUCAAGCGGUUCUUCACAACAUGCGCGUAAAAGGUAAAUAACCAUUAUAUUUUAGCCCUCUAUCUGUAGAUUUCGUUUGUUUACUUAGAAUGUCUGGUAUGCUGGUUGAUCUCACUUUUCCCAGACAGGUCUGGAGUCAGUGUGCCUGUGCCAAAAGCCAAAGAACAUUGUGGAGUGAGAAGGGGAGAGAAGAAUGGUACCCUUCCUUUCCAGAGUCGAUAUGACAGUUGCUACACACAGGUUGAGGGUGACAGAGUCCUUGUAUCUUUGGGAGUCCAGCUGGUUGCAGGGGAUCAAUGGUACAGGGUCAAUAUUAGCUGCCCCCUGCUCAAGAAGAUGGCCCAGAAACCCAUCAUCAAUCGCACCUCACGAUCAGGAAAAUGCAGCAUCCAUAGAGCUUUGCAUGUGGACUGUGGGCCCCAGAAUGUCUCCAGUGAUGGCUGUCUGAAACUGGGAUGCUGCUAUGAUGAUCAUGACUCAACAUGCUAUUACAGAAUGAACACCUGUUCUCUGGAUGGCCAUUUUGUGUUCUCUGUGAAGGCGACAGACACUGACCCCCCACUCAACCCCAGCAACCUUGUCGUCAAGGAUCAGCCGCAGUGUUCUCCUGUAGCUACCUCUGCAGAUACAGCCGUCUUUAAAAUCGGGGUGAUGGAGUGUGGCACAAAGAUGAUGGUGAAUGGGGAUGUUGUAAACUAUGAGGUGGAGGUAGAGGAACUGCAUCCAGAGAUUGCAGGCAAACGUUCUCCCUUCAGUCUGCAGGUCCGGUGUCAAUAUGAUGGGUCAGCUCUCCUCCACACUGAUCUGCGGUCCUUAAACCCAACUAACCCUCCACCUGUGACUGCACUGGGGACUGUCCGAGUGCAGAUGAGAAUAGCCACAGAUGAGUCGUUCACCUCUUUCUUCCCCGGGGAACAGCUGCCCUUGACCAUCUCUCUGCGUAAGCCUGUGUAUGUGGAGGUGUCAAUCGCUCCACCCUCCCCUGACCCCAGUCUCUCCCUGCGUGUGUGUGACUGCUUCGCCUACCCUGCCUCCAGACACUCUGUAUGGACACUGCUCUAUGAUGGCUGUCCUAACCCUCUGGACAACAUGAGGAGGUCCGUCCCAGUGGACAGUCAGGGGAAGACACCCUCUCACUCCCAGGUCAGGAGGUUUAAUGUCAAGACUUUUUCCUUCUUGGACCCUGAGACUGGCAAUCCCAGUGUGGAGGAGGUAAGGUCUAUCCUAUUUAUCUGAAGAAUGGGAAGGUUUUGCUAAUAUAUACUGAACAAAAAUAUAAACGCAACAUGUAAAGUGUUGGUCCCACGUUU